UUUCUCUGCUCCACCCCGAAUGUUUUCUCUGUUAACAAUGAGCGUUCCUGAAUUAUCCUGCGAGGACACAUGAACACCUGAGUCGCAGAGGCAGCGGUCGAUCUCGUUUAGGUUUCCAUAUUUCAUAUUUUAGCAUUCUACAUUGGAAGACACACUAACUGUGGAGAAAACAAGACCCGCGUCGCUCUGUCAGACAUGGUAGAACUAACAAAGUAACUUUUGUGACCAGUUAUUGUCCUCAUCAUGAGGCGUUCACAUCUAUGCGUCAGCGUGUUCAUGAAGGCUAUACUUUUAACUGUCAUCGUUAAGAUUUCACCUUCCCAGACAUGCACGGACUGUAAUUAUAAAGCUCAUCAUAUCAACAUAACAGAAAUACAAAUAAAUGUCUCGGAGCAAAACAACUGCACUGUUCUAAACCACACGCACAGCCAGACGGGGUCUAUUGUAGUUGUGAGUGAUCUGAUUCCCGGCACCACGUACUCUUUACUAAUCAACUGCAGCACUGCCUGCUGUUCGAACUACACAACACUCCCCGGAUUUCCCACAAAUGUCUCCUGUCCUGCCCAGCCAGGGAACAGCUCUCUGACUGUGUCCUGGGAUCCACCUGUGGGAUCAGUGAGCCACUAUGUGGUGUACUGUGGGGACAGAAACGAAACGUCAAAUGUCACAGAUGCUGAAUUUCAAGGUCUCAGUGCUGGAACUGUGUACAGUUGCAGUGUGGCCGCAGUUCAUGAUUCGAAGAGUACAACCUCAGAUUCGGUUCAGUGUGCUACCAAGCCCAACCCCCCCACAAAUGUAUACGUCUCUGGCAGAACAAGCGAAUCUUUGACAUUCACGUGGAGUCCCCCGGCCUCGAUGAGCGGUGCUGCAGACCUCUCUUACCAAGUAUCCUCAUCAGCCCUGACCAACCCAGUCACUGUGAAUGGCACCUCUUAUACACUGCCAGGCUUGAACUCUGGGACGGAGUAUAGCAUUAGUGUGUUAACCGUAGGUCCCCAAGGCCUACAGAGCACCGCCUCCACUUCCUCUGGAUACACCUCACCCAACUCUGUGCGUAACCUCAGGAGUAGUACACUCUCUACCAGUGAAGUGAAUCUGCAGUGGGACUCUCCUCUUGGCCAUCAGAGCUACUACACAUACCAGGUUCAAGCGGUCCUCCUCCCACAGAGCAGUCAGAAUGUGUCUGGAAACACCGCCAACAUCACACAGCUUCAGCCUGGAACUGAGUACAACUGCAGUGUCACCACCACCAUACCACAAGCUAGCCUUCAAGCCCUGCCUGUUUAUGUCUUGGCUUACACAAACCCAAACAUCGUUUCUGACCUAACAGCAGAAGCCAUUAGCACAAGCGAGAUUCGCCUCACAUGGAGCUAUCCAACUGACCACAAGAACACUUACACGUAUGAAGCACAGCUUGUUGGUGGCCAGACCAACACCGUCAAUGUUAACAGUACAACAUUUCAGAGCCUUACAGCUGGAACCAAUUACACCUUCCGGGUCACAACCAUAGCAAACAGCAGGAGAUCCCAGUGCUCCGAAACCUCCUCCUUCACAAAAGUUGGAGAGGCAACAGGGUUGUCUGCCAUCGGAACCACCUCCACCAUGACCGUGAAUUGGGCUGCACCCAGCGGCGCAGUAUCGGGAUACGAGAUUGCCAUAUACGAAAACCUAGUCCUGAUCCACAAUGUGAGUCAAACGACCACCCAACAGGUGGUUUUCGGAAACCUCAGCCCAAGCAAAAUCUACAAAGUCAAGGUCGUCACCCUGAGUGGUCCGUAUCGGGCAGAGACCGAAGUCCAAAACGCCACAUAUCCCAAUCCUCCAGUGGGCCUGGAGGUUGACCAGUACACGUCCAGCUCCAUAAGUUUGAGGUGGAGUAGUCCUGUUAAUAUGAGCGGAGUUAACACCUUCAUCGUGACCCAUGGAAGCACUGAAAACACGAUAAGUGUUAAUACCUACUCCGCAAGCAGCCUGGUCUCAGGCACUCAGUACACCUUUAAUGUGAGAACGAGGGGUGCUUUGAACUAUGAAAGCACAGAGGUCACAGCAUCACAAUAUACUAAUCCCAACCCUGCCACUGCGCUGAAGCAGACCAGCAGCCUCAGCACAGACAGUGUCACAUUGGAAUGGACGCAGAGUGACUCCAAGUCAGGCUACCUCUACCAGGUCACCGUGUCCUAUUCCAACGGGACACAGGCGAAGCAGGAAAACGUUAGUCAGACGACUGCCACUGUGGGGGACCUGCAGUCCGCAAUCGUCUACAACGUCAAUGUCAUCACUCUGUCAGCAGGGGGCACCCAAGCUGCAGCCGUGUCCACCACAGCACUCACCAAGCCCUACCCCGUCACUGGCUUAAUAGCCAUCACACUGAAUGACACCGCCGUGUUCCUAAACUGGACCAGACCCGAGCAGUUCCCUCCAGACGGAUCCUACUACAUAACCACCAACUGCAGCAGUAACGAGACCACCACCAGUCAAACCAUCUACAUCACUGGGCUGAGCCCCGGCAUCACCUGCUUCUCCACAGUCUACAGUCUGGCCAACAGCGUCGCUGGGGACGCCGUCAACAUCACCUACAGCACAAAGCCUCCUAAAGUCUCGCCUGAAGUCACGCAUGUUGGCACUAACGGCAUCAAUGUCACCUGGACGCCCGUGAGCGGCGUCGACACCUACAUUGUCACCUUGGCCACUGGCAAUCUCACCACUGCUACCGUUAACAUUAGCAAUGCAAGCAUACACCACAAUCUGUCCAAGCACUUUCCAGACCUUUUGCCUGCAACCAUGUAUACGGUGAUCAUUACUACUGUCCGAGGUGACUUUGAAGAGUCAUCAGACCCGGUUUCCAUAGCGACCUAUCCUACCAUGCCUGGACAGAUAACCGUCCUAGACACAACCACAGAUUCUGUUUCACUGGAAUGGGGCAGCGCCCCAAAUAUGACCAAUGCUAACUUCAGUUAUGUGGUAACGUGGAAUACAACAGGAGCUCAAGGCAAUUAUCCAACCACCGACAUCACUCAUGUCCUGUCCGGUCUGAAUGCUGGAACAAUCUACAAUGUCUUUGUAGCAACCCAGGGACCAAUGGGCCUCAGGAGUGAAGCGGUGUCGAUCACCACAACGACAAAACCAGGAAGUGUCACCUCGCUGACCGUGUCCACAACAUCCACAAGCAGCAUAAGCGUCCAGUGGACGCGGCCCUCUGAUUUCAAGGACGGCUACAGCUUCAGGGUGAGCGGCGGCAGUGGAAGGGCCAACACCACACAGAAGAACGAGUACACCUUCAGCAGCCUGAGAUCAGGAACCAACUACAGCUUCAGUGUGCAGGCCCUGACGGCUGAUGGCACAGCCGGAGCCUUGGUGAAUGUGUCUGGCUGCACAGUUGCAUCGGUGGUGUCUCAGUUUCGUUGUGAAGGACCAAACCGCACUGAAGCUAUGCUGCUCCUGACAUGGGACAACCCUCCUGGCUCAAACCUGGGAUUCCAGAUCCAGAUCGAUGGCUCCAAACAUGAAAUCCAGAGAUGCAACCCUUGCUCCUAUAACAUCUCCCGCCUGUCCUACGAUACCCAAUACACUGUUGCCAUUGCCACCAAGGCCUGUGGCAGUAGUAGCACUCUAACCAGCAUAACUUGCAAGACUGGCAUCACAGAUCCUCCUACGCCCACCACUGUGGAGGGAACUGUGACGACGAGCAACAUCGAGUACAACAAGUUCACCCUCCAGCUGAGCCCUAGCCUCUUCAACAACAGCGGCGGCCCUGUGGUCAACUACGGCAUCCUGCUCUCUUCAGACACCGGGUCAGAUAAUGAAAAGGCAACUCAGUACAUAAGUAAGACUUACUCGGACUGGACAGCAGGUCAGACCCCCACGUAUCUCGCUGUUGUCAAGUCAGUGGAGUCCACGUCCACAAGUCGCAGUGCAGACGGCUACACAGUCACCAUAGGUGACGGGACUCAAUGGAACAACUAUGAGAACGGCGAACUUUCAGCAAAGGGGAGCUACAGCUAUGCCGUCGUCAUCUUUACAAACAUGGAGCUGAACAAUGGGCUGAUUUCAACGUCCCAGUCCUACUUCUCAGUCACACAGUUUAUCAUUAACCCUGUAAAUCUUCCGGAAAAUCCAGCUGUGAUCGGUGGGGCCAUAGGAGGAGCCUUUGCCGCGGUGGUCAUCAUCCUCAUCAUCGCCAUGAUCUUUGUGGUCGGCCUGAGGAGGAAGAAGAGCACAGACGCCACCCCAGGAGUGCCCAUCCAUUCCAUAAGAAACAAAGUGAGUGAGCCCAUCAAGGUGGAGGACUAUGAGGCUCACUACAGGAGGCAGAGGGCAGACUCCUUCUGUGGCUUCGCUGAGGAAUUCGAGGAUCUGAAGUCUGUUGGGAUUGCUCAACCAAAGAACUCUGCGUUGGCGCCCGAAAACAGAACAAAGAACCGCUACAACAAUGUGCUGCCCUAUGAUAACUCCCGGGUCAAACUGUCCAUUCUCGGUAAUCCAUUUGAUGAUUACAUCAAUGCCAGUAACAUGCCUGGCUACAACUCCCGUAAGGAGUUCAUCGCGGCUCAGGGCCCGUUGCCAGGCACCGUCAAUGACUUCUGGAGGAUGAUCUGGGAGAAGAACGUCCACACAGUGGUCAUGCUCACCAGAUGCAACGAGCAAGGACGGGUGAAAUGUGAAGAGUAUUGGCCAGCAGCGACCAAACAUUUCGACAAUCUGAUUGUGACCACAACGUCUGAUAUUCCUCUGGAGGACUGGACCAUUCGAGACUUCGAUCUUAAGAAUGUGAAGACGGCGGAGACGCGUGCGGUGCGUCAGUUCCACUUCACGGCCUGGCCAGACCACGGCGUGCCCGAGACCACAGAGCUGCUAAUCAACUUCCGCCACCUGGUGCGGGAGCACAUGGACCAGUACUCCCGCCACUCACCCACCAUGGUGCACUGCAGUGCUGGUGUGGGGCGCACAGGGACUUUCAUCGCCAUCGAUCGCCUCAUCUUCCAGAUAGAGCGGGACGCGGUGGUCGACAUCUACGGCAUCAUCCAUGACCUCCGCAUGCACCGAACACUCAUGGUUCAAACUGAGGACCAGUAUGUGUUCCUCAAUCAGUGUGCCAUAGACAUUAUCAGAUCGCGCACGGGCACCAACGUGGACUUAAUCUAUCAGAACACAGCGGCCCUCACUAUUUAUGAAAACUUUGAAGUGAAGAAAUGAAGAAAACCAAAAAUGGUUGCCAUGCUACCAGAACUCCUCAGCAAGCCUGCUAUACCAUACCAGCACUUAUGAAAGAAUAUGGCAACGCUGAAGAACUUAUUGACUCAAUGAUUUCCCCAAAAGAGGGAUUUUGGCGUAAAGAUUCAACUGAGAUAUUUAUUUAACUGUAAGUACACAUUUACUGUAUUUGAAGGAGCUGAAAAGUUUCAAGACAUGAAGACCACUUCGAAUUUUAUUUUUGGCUUUUGUUGAUCAUUGCUAAGAAACCAGGUACUAUCAGUGUAAGUUCUUAUGCUGGUAUUUCCUCACAGUUUACACACUGUGUUGAUACUGUAGAUGUAUUAGGUGUGCUAUACUUCUGACUUUCAAAAAUGAUUUAUUUUUAUACAAGUUAAACAAUUAGUUUGUCUCAUCUUGUUUGUGCAAUACGAAAUGUCAUCUAAAAGAAUAUGCAGACGUUUUAUUUUGUUAUAAAUACACUGCACUCAGGUUAUCAUCUUUGGCAUGAUUUCAGUUGUGCAUAAAAUGCUGAUCUGUAAGGAUGCUGUUAAAUAUUUAAAUUGAUUUAUAUGUUAUAUUUUAAUAUAUUUAUAUAGUCUAUUUUUUGUUCAGACAUGAGCACCUUCUCUCCAAUUCAUUCCAUUUAGCUACUGUAAGUAAGUGACUGUGCUGUUUGCUUGUUUUUCAAUGGCAAAAUGUUGUUCUGCUUAUCACUGUAGAUUCCCAAAUCCUGUUUGCACUGAAAACAUUGUUUUGCUCUUUUAUAAUGUAGGAAGUUAUUACAUUUCAUUUCUUGAACGGGUGUACACCACAUAACUUUAAUUUAUGUUUUCUCAUACUAAGGAACGGGGUGUAUUUUUUGUUAUAAGAACCACUUGAAACAGUCAAGGACCAUAUGACUUUUCCCACACCUACCUGUAGGCAAUAGCUAUGCUUUCAAAGACUAAUUUUAUACUGUGACUGUGCCUUAUACUUUCCACUGCCUUAAUAUGGUUACCUAUUUUCAUUGUCAUUUCAUCGUGACUUGUGACAUAGUGACAUUUGAUGUCACAUGAAGUGAUUUUAUAAGAAGUUGAUUUUGCGUUUUCCCUCAUCCAAAGAGCAUUUCUUUAGUUACAUUUCAAGAAGGGACAUUAUUUUGCAAAGAGGAAGGAAGGGCUGUAAAUGUUUGUACUGUACCUGUGACUACUGUAUGUAUUUUGCAGCAUAUGUAUUUGUAUAAAUGUGAGUGUGCAUAAAAAUGUAUUUGAAACUU